GUUGAUUUGAGAUCGCAACAUUUUGGCAGGUGAAAUCAACUGGGGAUAAAUAUUCUUAAAUAACAGUAAAUAAGACAAACGUUGUGACUAAAAUGUAAAUACGGAGUAUAGUUUGACCCUGAAACAUGUCGAUGACAAGCACUCUCGUAUGUUUUGUUGUUUUAUUACCAAGUUGUUGCUAUGGGGAUUUGAAGUAUGCGUAUUAUGCAAGACAAGUUGGUCACAUCUAUGUACAUGGCGGAAACGGAAUUGGUUUGAUUUCAAGUUUAUCGAUUCCUUCGAAGAUGGAAUGUUUAAAGAAAUGUACGAAUGAACCACAAUGCUUCAAUGUCAACUUUAAGCAUGGUGAAUCGUGUGAGAUGUAUGGACUUGCAGACGCGGGUUCGUAUAGAACCGCUGCUGACGAAACUUUAGAGUCGUUCUCCAUGCUAAGUGGAUCAGCACCGAUGGUUGUCAUGACUACGCCAGCUCCAGAUUGCGAAUCGUUUGGAUAUAUAGACGUCGGUGUGGCUGGUUCCUGCUAUUACAUGGAUACAACUUUACGCAAUGUUAACGAUGGACUAACUGCUUGUCAAUCGCACUCUCCACCAAUGAGUAUUGUUUCAUUUGAAAACGAAGACGAGUACAACAAGAUACAGUUACAUUCAUCCUAUUCCUCAGCUUCCUGGUGGAACAUUGGUCUUAACGACAUUGAUUCGGAAAUGCAAUAUGUCUGGUUCAACACAGGAGCUCAACCAAUCUGGACUAAUUGGGAACCUGGUAACCCUUCUGCUAACACUGCAAGCAACUGCAUUGUCAUGAAACAGUCAACUGGGAGGUGGUAUAUCGUUGACUGUGCCACAACUUCGUUAUUGGCGUUUACAAUCUGCGAAUACAAUUACUAGGCUAACUAUGCCACCACUUAUAGCCCGUUGUAUCGACUGUG